CCAACGUUUGGCAUACAUAUUCAGACGACACCUGCUUAUAUUUUGCCUACCGAUGAUACUGUAUCUGUAACGAUUGCUGCAAUGUACGUGUACGGAAAGCCGGUCGAUGGCACUGCUCGACUCCACUUCGACAUUAGGAGGGAGGGGGAUGUAUCUAACCUGAAGACGAUAUUCACCAUCGAAAACGUAGAGCAGCUAAGUAGCACCGGCAAAGCACAUUUUACCAUUGACAUCAAGAAGUUAAAAGCGAACAAAGGUGGCAGCUUUCCAGCAGGUGGUGUCUUGGAGCUAUCGGCCACAGUUCAUGAGUCGGCCACGGGCAAAGACGAAUUGGAAUUUGACGACUCCGUUAAGUUUGUGAGGGCCCCUUAUAGAUUCGAUCUAUCCAGAUCCAAGACUACGUUUCGAAAAGGUUCCAUUUACCUUCUAAAGGUUGCAGUUUCUUCUGAAUGCUGCUAA